AUGGGUCGUAAAAAUGCUCGCUCCGUCCUUACUUCUAAAAUGCCACGAAGACAAGAUGGAAAAUUCUGUGCAAAGCCUCCAGUUAUUGUCAAUGAUACAGAAAGUUCAGCUGCAGAAGAGGAACCUGUAGAAGAGAACGACUGGGAGCUCUUAGAUUUAACUACGGAUAUGAUGGUUGCUGGAUAUUAUCGAGCCCUUGCAAGAUUAGAAAAAGAAACAAAAGAUGAUCUUCGCGCGCUUAAUAAAAGAGACUCUAGACCAUCAAGCAUACGCAACAAAAGAAAAGCGAAAGGAGAGCUUGAGGCAAACAAAGACAAGAAGGUCAGAACACUUGCUGACUUCGGUUUCUCAGUCCCUGUUAAGCAAGUCUCACCUACAACCACGACUUUGAUUGUAGACAAGAAACCAAACGAUAAGAAACUUGAAAAAAUUCGUGGAGCAUUUGAGAUGAUUAGCGACAAAUUAAACCCACUACUUGGAUCAGAUAACCAGUUAAUUAAGUCUGCCUUAUUUGAAGAUACCAAACAGAUUGUUUUGAGGGACUAUUUCAGGCGUCUCUUGGAGAAUUCUGGAAAGAUCGAAGCAUCUGAAAGAGCAGCAGAGCUUAUGUGGGACUCACCUUCCAAGUACUGCGGAGCAAAAGUCCGUGCCUGGGCAAAAGAAUUUCUUGAGCUCGGAGGAAUUCCCGGGCACCAGCAGGACAAACAUGACAAGCGUUCUUCGAUUGUUGACGAUGAAGACUUGAAAAAGGAAUAG